AAUUAAUACAACUAAACUUAAUAAUGAGUUUUUGCGCGAAUUCGUUGAUGUUUUGAAAUCGAAUUUUUUCUCUGUUGGAAUUUGUAAACAAUUAGUAAAAAGCAAUAUGUCUAAAACAGAGAAUGCUAUUACUUUAAAAGGCUCUGCAGAUAUUGUGACGGAAUUUUUUGAUUUUGGAAUUAAUAGCAUUAUUUACCAAAGAGGGAUAUAUCCUGUAGAAUCCUUUAACCGUGUUGAAAAGUAUGGACUGACAGUUUUAGUAACUAAAGAUAAUAAACUACAGGCCUUCAUUUCUAAUAUUUUAAAGCAACUAAGAAGCUGGUUAAUGUCCAAGGAAGUUCAUAAGCUUGUUGUUGUCAUAUCUAAUUUUUAUACGAAAGAAACAUUGGAACGAUGGGAAUUUAAAAUUCAGUGCGAAGGAGAAUCAAAUGAGGGAGGCAAAUCAAAGUCUAAGGAUUUAAAAGAAAUACAGAAAGAGAUCAGAAAUAUUAUUCGUCAAAUAACAGCCAGUGUAUCUUUUCUUCCUUUGCUUGAUAAUGCAUGCUCAUUUGACGUUUUACUAUACACAAGUAAAGAUAUUGAGGUUCCUGAUGAAUGGGCAGACAGUACAGCUCAUCUGAUACCGGAUUGUGAAGAAGUUAGGUUGAGCAAUUUUUCCACUUCUGUUCACAAAGUAGAUACAGCAGUUCAAUACAAAACCUGUGAAUAAAAUGAAUAUAUUUUGUUCAAAUGAUUUUGAAAUAUUUUACAUAAACUUUUUCCAUGCUCCAUCCAUGAUGCUUUUUUUUGUAAUAUUCGUAUAUUUUUUUUUUGUAUAUUUAUACUUUUUUAAGUUGUGCUGUAAAUAAAGAAUAAUCUUUU